ACCACAGGAAGAGCCUCGCGGGGAAAGAAAACCAGCAACUACAAGCAAGCCCGAGUCAUCGCUUCUCCGGCUGAGAGCAGCGCGCUGGUGGGCACGGCCGGUGGACAGUGAAGCCGGGACUUCCUAGACCUGGGGCCAGGGUCGGCGCGGCGUUCACCCACAGCUCAGCCACCCGCAGGGCAGCGAGGACAAGCUCGCUGUCCGCUCCUGCAGCCGCAUCACCUUCAGCACCAACGCCGGCAGCACUCUCAGCACCAACGCCACAGCGUUCACACCGGGAACGUUCCUCCAGCAUCCAACAGACUACAACCUUCCCAGAAUUGCAAUUGACUUGCCCUGUCGAGAUUCAGGAGCCCAAGGUAGGCGGAAGCCUCCGACUCUAUCCGCACCUGUGAGUUGCAGUCAGACAGCCAGACAUCACUCCCAUAUAUAUCUGUUUAAAAAAAUUAAGACAAUGAAGCGGCUCUAUGAUGAAACCUCCUCCGAUAGCGAUCUGGAGGAGAUGAUAGACGUUGGGAGAGAGGAGUAUUACUGCCCUGUGACUAGAUCAAGUUCACCAACUACAACUUCCCACAUUUUGGCACGGAAGAAGAGGCGUGGAAUUAUUGAAAAAAGAAGGCGAGACAGGAUUAAUAACAGUUUAUGUGAAUUACGUCGUUUGGUCCCAACAGCUUUUGAAAAACAGGGAUCAUCAAAGCUGGAAAAAGCUGAGAUCCUGCAGAUGACUGUGGAUCAUCUGAAAUUGCUCCGUUCAACAGGGGGUAAAGGUUAUUUUGAUCCUCAUUUGCUCGCAGUGGAUUACAGAAGCAUGGGAUUCAGAGAGUGUCUUGCUGAAGUCGUAAGGUACCUCAGCUCACUUGAACAAUUUCAAGGCCGUGAAGGUGCUGAUCCACUUAAGGAUCGUCUAGUGUCUCAUCUCAACAACUACAUAUCUGAAAUAGAGCCUUCACCGUCUUCCUGGAUCCAUCGGGCCUGUACUUGGCCACAUUACCAUUUAGCUGCUUUGUUCCCACAGUCGACAGAUGGAGCACAAUUAUCAUGUAGGGACUCUUUUCAUAACCCAACCUUCCUUACUGGCUCAGCACUGGCAUACUCCAACUCAGCUCUGAGGGGAAUUCCUCUUGACAGAAUAGCAUCUACUGUGAUGCCAUCUACUCACUGCCACCUCCCAAACAUUACAUCAUCCAGUCUCUUAUCAAAUCUGACAUCUCCUAUUCACAGAGUCCUGUCCAACAUGGCAUGCACGCUGCCUGGUGUUCCAUCCAACUCAAGCAACAAAAUGUUAACUGGUGUUGCUGCAUCUCCACAAAUUACCCCACCCUUAUUGUCACCGGCUUCUAACUCCAGCACCAUUCAUACAACUGCCACAUCCAUUCCAGGGUCUUUAGCAAGUUAUCAGUCUGUAGCACAUUUCCGACUUAAUCCCUCCAGUCAGACAAACAAUCUGGGCACUCGCAAGCCCCAGAGAUCUUGGACAGCUGAGAUUGGGGCUUUCUAAACCCAGUAUAUUAAGGGGGGGGGAAAUGACAUUUUUUUAUAAUGAUGUAAGAAACUAUUGAGCCAGAAAAUGUUCUGUUAGAUAUAAACAGUUAUACUCCUGACUGAAGUAAGAAAGAAAAUAACUGAGGUUAGUAUCUGUACACAUCACAGAGUGCAGAGGUUUCCUUCAGCAUUCUAGUCUGGGAAGCGAUUGUUCUUUAUCUGACAAUGAAUUACUAUAUUUUUCCAAACUUACUCCACCCUUCCUAACAGCACUGCGUUAGUUUUUUUUUCAGAAAAAGCUUGUUCUUAGAAUAUAUCUUUGUUAGAAUAAGCAGGGCAGUGGUUGUGUUCAUUAGUCAUCUGUCAGAGUUCCUUCAUUCUUGAUCACAUCAUGCAAAAUAAAUAUUUUCAGUUCAUGGUUAGUAUGUCUGUUGCUGGUUUGCUUUACAAACCCUUGAUGAGGGAGAGUAACCUGUGUGAUGCAUAAGUUUACCAUUUACUGUCACAUUCAGUUCUCAGUUGGCCACCUUGUUCUUCUCAAGUUGCCUUCACCCUUUUCCCCACCAUCAUACAACAAGGUGGAACUGCAAUGAGCUGGUUCAAUUCAUAUCUGCCCAAUUGUAGUCAGAAAAUCACCGAAAAUGGCUUCCCUUAAUGUUAGCAUAGUUAUCUUUGGUCUCCCUCAAGGAAUUCUCCUUGGCUGCUUCCUAUUUCUUAUCUAUGGGAUGCCUUUGAGCAAUAUUACAUGAAACAAAACAAUUGUAAACGUAGCUGAUGACAGAAAUCUCUUUUUUUUGUGGACCAUUCACUGACCCUAAAUUGAAAGAGUGUUUGGCUCACUUCCUAUACUGGAUCUGCAGAAGUUUUGUCCAACUAUUGGUGUAACUACAGCCAUUGGUUUUGGUACCCCACAAACUCUAUUCCAUCCCUCUUUCUGGUAACUAUAUCAAGGUGAAGAAGAAUAUUCACAACCUAAUGCUGUAUUUGACUCCGAGAUAAGCUUCCAAAUGUACAUAAGUGCCAAUGCUAAGGCUGCUUAUUUCUAUCUGUUCACUCUGCCUGUCUCAUAAACUGUUAGAAUCCUCAUUCAUGCAUUUGCUAACUUUAGAUUUAACUGCUCCAGUGCAUUUGUAGCUAGAUUCCCACUUUCUACUCUUUGUAAACUUGAAGCCAUUUCCAACAUGCACCGCCCCGUUCAUCAAUCACCUAUAUUAAUUCCUAGUUAAACAAUGCAUCAAUUUUAACAUUUUCUUCUCUGCUUUCAAAUCCCUCCCAGUGUCUGGAAACUCCUCCAGCCCUCCAAUCCUCAGAUCUUUUGCAACCAUGAAUUUGCUCAUUCCACCACUGGCAGCCUUAACUUCAGCUACCGAGGCUUUAAGUUCUGGAAUUUCAUCACUAAACUUCUUUGCCUCUUAUCUUUCUUUCACCCUUUAAGAUGCUCCUCAAAGCCUACUGCUUCAACAAAGCUGUUGGUCACCUGCUCUGUGUCAGGCUUGUUUAUUAAUGUUAUCACAAAGCACUUUGUGACUAUCUUAAAGGUGCUAUAUAAAUACAUGGUGGUUUUUUUGUGCCAUCAUUCCAAUUAAGAACCUUUUUUUGAGUCAGUGCGGAUAGUCUCCAGGUUACACAAGGGAAUUCCUGAGAACUGUUCAUAAUCCGAACUGUUCGUAAGUUGGAAAUGAACAAAGACAGUGUGUGGGAGAGGAUCACAGAAACAGUUGUGAUGGAAGAACGGGCAGGGGCAGAAGAGCGGCCACCAGCCGUCUCACUGACUCGGUGAGUGAGCGAGUGAGUCUGCUCAGCGCCCCCGGCUCUGCUCGGCUCCACCCAGCCCAAUAUCGUUGCAGCGCAGGGGUGUGGGGAGAGAAGGCGCAUGGACGUGCCCUGUUCCCACCUGGCAGAAGGUGUCUGCAGCUCCACAGCAGCCGGCAAAUCCCACCCCAUCCAUCCCGCCUGUCUCCCAAAUGCUCGUUUGUACGUAUGGGGUGUCCAAAGGUUGGGAGCUUGUAACCUGGGGACGACCUGUAUAGAUGAUCUGAAUUGUUCUCAUUGACUAUAGUCCAUGCUCUUCUAUGAUGGCUUUAUAGUGCUGAGGGGGAGAGCUAGUCCCUUAAUUAUGCCAAUAGCUACUUCUAUCUAUAAUGCAAUAUUUCACCUGACUGGGAAAAAAAUACAAAUCUUGCCCAAAAAUAACAAAUGGUAGUUAAAGCUGGGACUUUAUAACUCAGGUUUUGGUAUUCACAGAUUCAAUUGCCAAAACUAUCAGACCAUAGAAAUUACUACCCAGAAAGCCAUCCCCAGUAGGUAGUUAUACAGGUGCUAUAUAGUAUCAUGUGGCCUCAUGAAUUUCAAAAGCAGGUUAUGUUGAGCUACUGCUACCACAAUGUAGCAUGUGGAAGAUUUUAUCAGCAUUUGUGUUUCACUUCAUGAUCAAGGAUCUGAGGAGUCCAGCUCUCACCUUUCGAGAGAAUGUGUAAGAAAUGCUGGAUCCAAUAAAAGGUUCAUUUUGUACAACUCCAAGAGGAGGUUGAACACUAGCACUGCUAUAAAUUUGGUAUAAUACUGACAUAAAUGUUAGCAAUUUCUAAAGUGUGAGCUUUCCAGCUGGUACUGGAGAUUCAAGGAGAUCAGUUGGUGAUAUUUGCAAUACAGCAAUAGGAAUAAUGAUUAGUGUACAGUGGUGGAGGACAAUACUUGAAAUGUGAACAAAGAUAGAGAUAUGACCUGGUACUUAUAAUACUUCCACGGGCACUUAUAGAGUUGUACAACACAGAAAUGGACCCUUCUGCCCACCACAUCCAUGCCAACCAUUAACCAUUGUUGAUCCCACUUGCCUGAAUUAGGUACAUAGCUAAUUGAUAAUAUAUCUAUUGAUGAUAUUUAGCCUGCAUAAUUGGAUAACUUACAUUACAAACAGUUCAGAAACUUAGGGUGACAUUUAAUGUCUAUAUAUGUCAAUAUAACAAAAUAUCAAUUUUGAAGUGAUUUAGGCCCGAUGAAAUUUUGUCAGAAAUAAUUGCAAAUUGUUUGAAAGUGUGCAGUAUACAUCUGACUUAGGUGGUGCUGUAAAUCAGGCAAGAGUGGAUCUGCAUCCCUCAUUGUAUUCUGCCCAGUUCUUCAUUAGUCAGGCAAAGUUCAAAAUGCUGCCCAGAUCUGCUACCUCCCCUUCUGUCACUCAACCAAUGCUUGUACCUCCUCCCAGACUCCUCACUCUUACCUGGGACACAACCCUUCCACUGCUCAUCAUCUCAUUGAAAGAAGCACACCCACUGAUCCUCCCUUCGUUCAGCUUCUCAACGGACCGAUCUCAUCCCCGCCGUCCCUUAACAGGUUCUCCCUGCAAGAUCCAUCCCUGCAUCCAGUGCCCAGACUAGAUCUCUUUUACCUAGAAUGUUAUUGUAAUUUCACUAUUUUAAAAAAUAUUUGAUAAAUCAGUUGCAGCAUUUUUCUUAGAAAUAGUGACAUCCCACUUGUGCUGAGUGACACAUUACAUGUCAGGAUAAAAGCACAGUUCUUAGUGUUACAUUAGGACUUGAGUGUCCCAUUACUUCUGGUGGUUGAUGGUCUGUGAAGGUGAUCUCACUGAUCAAUAAUAGAUUAGACUGCAUUGCCCAGAUUUUACCCCAAAUCUUUAUGGUCCAGCUUUGCUGAUGACACAAUGUAGAUCAAACCCUCAAAUUGCAUUAAAAGAACAGGAAAAAACUGUGGCAACUUAAUCUCAAUGUAGAUAUAUUUAAGGCCACCCACUUUGCAACUAAAAAUAAUAGACCACAGAACUUUAUAACUUAUGAAAAGUUAGAAGCAGAGGCAUCUCAGAAAAAUCUGGUGUGUUCCUGAACACAGAUUAUUUAAAUAUCAUGGCAGGUGCUGGAAAUAAUCAAUAAGAAAAUAAAAUGUAAGACCUUAUAUCUUGUGGACUGGCAUACAAGGAGUUGGAAGUUAUCAUACAUCUAAGCAAAGCAUGGUUAGACCACACCUGGAAUACUGUGAGCAGUUCUGUGCACCAUGACAUAGGAAGGAUGCAUAGACCUUGAAGUUGAUAGUUUUUUGUUAAGCACAUUAAUGGUUUUGGGGAAAAAGACAGGUAGAUAAAGCUAAGUCAUAAAUUAGGCUUGAUCUUAUUGAAUGGCAGAGAAGCUCAAGUGGUUCACUAACCAAUUCUUGUUUCAAAGUCACUAUGAAAUCACUUGUCUGCACUCUAUGGAAAAGUACAAGUUUACAUUGCAAAAUUGCAAACAGUGCACAUAAAAGCCGAACAAAAAUACAUUGGAAGAUCUCAACCACAAAGCUACUACCGGGAGAUUAUCUUGUGAAAUGCUGAUGGAUUGUUGCAGAACUAUUCCUUAAUCGGGGAAUAUUCCCUUUGGCAAAAUGCAUAAUAAAUAAAUUCUAAUUAUAGAGGAGAAGUUUGUCUUUGAUCACUAGUUCAGGAAUCCUGUAGUACCCUCUACAUGUUGUACUUGUCUUUGCACAUUGGUUUCAUUGACUUCAAUGGAAUCAAAUAUAUGAAGCUGGGUAUAAUCAUUGGCCAAUAAAUCCAUCCUCCAUGCUAAAUGUACUUCAUGGUCAUUUCAACGUGUUGUGCUCGGCUCCAAAAUUCAUUCCAUUGACAUUAAUAAAUUUUGAAGGCAGAGAACAACAGGCUGAUGCAGCUUUGUGAUAAAAUGACCUCUAUCAACCGUAUUGGUAAAGUGUUAGUGAGCUAAGACAAAUUUCUUCCCCUACUGCAACGAGAUAUCAGGAAUAAAAUUAAGAGGGAAAAUUGGAAGGAAGAGUAAAAGAUGAAGAAAUUGUUCUUGCGUAUGUGUCACCUUCAAUUAUUCGUCUUCAACCUCCAGACAAGUGACUCUUGGCCCUAAAUCCCAUUCGUUUCUAUAGCAGAUAAUGCAGACCACGUGUAGUGAGACACCUAGUGGAAAACGAUGGCAAUUAUAUUCUUAUCUCUUGACUGAAUUAUAUCGAAGUGAAACUGAAGCAUUCCAUAAAUCCAUUUCCACUUCUUCUAACACUCUUUCUUUAAUCUUCCAAUAAUCAAGGAUAAACUCCUUGCAGACAUGUGGUGAGAUUGCUUUGUUCCACAAACACCCCGAUCACCAGCAGUAACUAAUAUUUAUGCAGCAGUUCCAAGCAACAGGAUAUUAAGCACAAAAAAUGAAGAAAUUGUUAAUUAAUUUUGGGAGCAGAACAGACUGAAAACCCAAAGGUUUUAGGAAGCUUUUGAAAACAGUGAAUUAACAAAGUGCUGAGUUUUUAGGGGAGCUUUCUGAAGGGAGCCAUGUUGACUCUCCAAACCUGUAGGUCAAUUAAGAGAGAAAUUAUAAAAAGAAUAAGUCACAGAAUUUCCUUCAACAAAUUCUGAUACCUAUAUCCCAAUCAAUAUUUCACUCAGCAGCACAGGUGGGAAUGAGCUGAUUCUAUCCAGCUGCCCUUUGCUUACUGAAUGGAGGGAACUGAGAUCAAGCACAGCAGCACCAUGCACUAAUGUGCAGAAUAAUGGUGUAAAUAAAGCCAACAGUCUGGGGAAAAGAAGUUUAUAUAAUGGAGUAUUUUAAUAUAAUAUAGUUAAUGUUAUUAAAUGAAGAUCUGAAAAGCUUAUUGUAAUAGGUAGAAAUAUCAUUAAAGUACUAUGCAACUGAUCAGUAUGUAAUUGCUGAAUCAAAUGCAAUUGAUCUCUCACUAUGUGGGAAAGCCAUAAGAAGCUCUAUUGUAAAUCUGAAAUAUAAUAUAGUGGACCCUACAUGGUGUGUAUUUUCAAAC